AUGAAUGGAACCGAGAAUUCCUCGCCGCGAAGUUAUCAAACGAAUUCUUCCACAAACUCCAGCCCAGAAUGUCAAAACCAACAGAUUCCUAUUUACAGCGUUUGGGAAAUCGUCGGCAUCGUUUCUGCUUCCACUUUGACCAGCUUAUUAACUGUCGGUGCGAAUACACUCGUCAUCAUUGCCUUUAUUACAAACAAACAGUUGAGGACGAUCAACAACUACUUAAUUAUCAACUUGGCAGUCGCUGAUUUUAUUGUCGGUCUUGUUUCCAUGAACUUCUAUACUGCCUACAUCGUAAUGCAAGGUUGGUCAUUUGGGCCUCACGUUUGUGAUGCUUGGUUAACGCUUGAUUAUGUUGCUUCCAAUACUUCAGGAACUGUUCCGACUUUGAUUUUCUCUAUUGAGAAAGGAAAAUAUAAAUUGAACUUUGCGCCAAGUGAUGAAUUUGCUGAUCAUCUGCAUCGACCGCUACCUGUCGGUCACGUUUCCAGUUAA